AUGACAAAGCUCCGCCAAAGCCGCAGCAGCAGCAAAGGAAGCACAGGGACCUCGAACACCCGGGCUGGCAGCGAAACACCGCGCCGGCGCUACGAAACCCGAACUUUCUGGGACCAGUGGUAUCGAAAGCACGGGGAAGCGGUGGAGUGGAGUGGUCCAGUAAAUGACAUUGUCCUACAGGCAAUCAUGGAGGUCCUGAAGGGACUACCAAAAGCAGAGGAGCCUCUGCGAGUUUGCGAGCUUGGAUGUGGGUGCUCGCAUCUGGCCCCAAUGCUGCGUGAUGCCGGAGUCACAGUGAUCGGAGUGGACUUCUCCCAGGAGGUGAUCAACGCCAACAGGAUGCGUCAUCCAGACAUCCAGUGGGAAUGCUGGGAUGCUUUACAACUUGCGGAUCGCUUCGAUGCCGGCUAUUUUGAUGCCAUCGUUGGCAAGACACUUAUUGAUUGCUUUUUGACCAGGACGGAUGCUGCUGGCUCGAUUCGGCGGAUGCUGCAGCAGUGCCACACAGUCCUGAAAGACAACGGUUGCAUGAUGUUGCUGGACAAGGCUAGCUCGGACAGCAUCAUCGGACGUGGCCGUACCCGCCAGCUGACUGUGGACCAUCACAAGAUGCUGACCUUCCGUAUCUUGUAUCCGCAGCCGAGGCAGAGCUGCCGCACGAGCCCAGCAGCAGAAGAGUGCGACCCAUUGCAGAGGCAGUGGGAGCUGGAGAUCGAGCCAACGUUGCACAAGCAUUUCGUGGUUCGACCAGCAGCUGCGGGCUGUGGAUCGCUGGUGGUGUGGUCGACUGACAAUGUGGCCACUGCAGCAGGAAUCGAGACCGGUGACCUGAUACUAGGCUACCGUCGAAGCGGCGUCAAAAACAUGACGGUGGGCAACGCGGCGGAGACGGCGAAGGUCCUCCGCACGUCUUUGAGGAGCGUGUUUUUGCUCAUGGAGCGGCCGGCCUCGGGAGCCGCGCGGCGAAAGACCGCCUCGUUGAAGACGAGGUUGAUGUCGCGCCAAUCCACUUCGCAAUCAAAGAUCCGUGCAUGGACAUGUGUGACAGUGAUAGCAUAUCAAUCCCUCACCACGGUGAUUGUCGGCCUUACGCUGACUGAAUUGGCGAAGCGCAUGGACUUACAAAAUGGCUUGCAGCUUCACGGUCUCUUUCUUGGACGCGCGGUCGGAGCUGUCUUUGGCACAAUGCUUGGUGGCUGGCUGUGCGAUGUUUGCCCAAUCAAAAUCGCUAUGUGCUGCUGCAUCGGCAGCUCAGCUUUGACUGUAGUGGCGAUUCCCUUUGCGGCAUCCUCUACCAGCCUUCACAUUCUGUCCGCCAAUUUUGUUUUGCUGGGCUGCUGUGGCUCUGCCCUGGUCUCCUUUACCGUUUCAGCGGCUUGCUGGAGCUUUCCGGGCAAAGAGGUUGGCCCGAUACUGGCACUGUGCAACGGGGCCUUCGGCAUGACCAGUGCGGCGCUUCCAUUGGCUUUCAAGCUGCUGCAGAUGCAGGGCGACCCUGUCGCAGAAUAUGGUUUUGUUGCUUUGUGUGCUGCUCCGCCUUUGGCUUUCCUGGCAGCGAGCCAGGCGCCACAAAGGCCAGUGGAAAAGUCAUCCGAGCUGGACUCGGAUUACAGCUCCGAGGACGAUACAGGUCUUUGGUCAGCGGCUGCAAAGAGAUGGAUAGCUGUUCUGGCAGCAGCAUUGGUACAGUUCCUGUUCUCCGGAGCAAACUCUGCUUUGCUGGGCUGGAUUGUGUCUUAUGCCGAUGGGGAGCUCCAUGACCUCGAAGUGGCACCCGUUCUUGUGAGCCUGCUACAGGGCUCCUUGAUGCUCGGCUCUUUUGGAGCUUCUAGAUAUCAGCAGUAUUUCCACCUGUGGGAUUUGGCUCGCGGUCAAGUUGUCCUAGUCUUGCUGGGGCUUCUUUGCUGGCUGCCGUUUACCUCCUCUGUGCUGGCGACGGUGCUGGCCUUGAUAUGGUACGGCCUCGCAGGCGGGCCUCUUGUGACUUACGCCAGCACAUUGCUCAACCAGCACUGCAGCCCAACUGGAUUUCAGUUGGCCGUCAUCAAUGUUGGUGGUAAUUUCGGUGCCAGCGCAGGACCGUUUCUGGUCGGCAUGCUGAUGAUUAGACUGGGGCCACACGCCCUGCCCUUUGCUGUCGGUGGCGCAUUUGGCAUAGCUCUCCUGGGAUUUGUGGCUGCUUCGAUGGUGCGCUUCGAUUUGAUGCGAAGCAGCAAGACAACACCGCUGCUGAAUGAAGGAUGUCUGACCACCUGCGACGCCUGCAGAAAGCGAGGAUUUUGCGAGCAGGCGAAACACAGCUUACGAGCCAUGGCGACGUGUGGCAUGGUUGGUGACGGAGAUCCGCGGCUGCGCAUGAGGCGAUGGCUCGUGUGGAGUGGCUUCUUCCAGCGGUGCCUGGCAGGACCGGGAUGGGCACCUCGUCGUUUGCUUGGCAUCGAUGCCCCCGUCCUGGAAGAGCUGUCCGUGGUGUUGAGCACCGGAGUCGCAGCUCCGAUGGCUUGGUCGUAUUUCGAGACUCAGUAUUCCUUGACUGUUCCUCAAGAAGCUCUGGCCGUUGCUGUUCUUUGUGUGGUUCGUCAGGGAUAUGCUGUACUUCUGCGCCUCCACAGACCGGAAGAUGACUUCAGCGAAACAUUGGUCUCCGGAAAGCUGUCAGCCUUUGCUGAUGUACCCAGCGAGGAGGCUGCGCAUCUUGUCUUGGAAGUCCAAUACGGAUCGCGAAGCACCAACUACACGAUUGUGGUCAUCCGAUCGACCAUCACUUCGGACUUCCAGUUUCAGUAUCCAGAUCCAGCUGCGAUAGUUCCGGCUGCGGCCACGCUAACAGGUCUUGUGGCCGUGGAUGGUUUUGGAGACCCGCUGCGCAUGGAGCCGAUGUACUUCGAUCCUCGACGUAGCCAGUACCUGGUCUUUGCCAACCCCAACACUGGAGGAGGCUAUGAGUGGACGCGAGCCGUUGCCUCGAAGAACGACCCGGAAGCCCUUCUUCAUUUGCGGGUGGAUGGCAGUGAUUGGGAAGACCUCGAGUCCGGCAUUCUGACUCGGUACAUCUCUGUGCCAGUGAACACUUGGCUCCUUCUUGAAGUACGGGUCACCUCUGCGACGGCCACUGCUGCUGGGACCGUGCCUCUCGUGUACCAGCUUCUGGUCUCGCGGGAGCUUCGUUGUCAUGUUCUUUGUCGCACGUGCUUUGGACCUGAAGCAAUCCAUUGCUUGUCCUGCCGAACACCUUUAGUGCUCAACAACGGGACGUGUGAGACAGCUUGUCCUCCAAGCAGCUACUACGAGUGGACUUCUUUCCAAUGUCGACCAUGCGAUGAGUCCUGCGCACAAUGCUCAGGUCCUGGGGCGAGUGCUUGCACCCAGUGCCGUGCCCUCUUCUUCCUCUCGCCGCUGACGUGGGAGGAUCUGCAGGCGCCCUGCGUCCUCCGAUGCCCUGGAGGCACGUUUGCUCAUCCGCGAAGCCGCCGUUGCCGGAAGCCUCCGAGUGCACCUGUCAAAACUUUUUACCUCCAGUUCAAGUUCCGCAGCACGUUUGAGGAGUUUGCCAGAGAUCCUGUCAUUCAGGAAUCCGUGCUCAACACCACUGCCUUUGUUUUGGGCUUGGCGUUGUCCGACAUUCGAGGCUACAAGAUGGAAGCUGUGGAGGAGGAAUAUGGCAUUGUGGUUGACAACGGGCCACCUUUGCUAUCCGUUGAGGUCGUCUCACCCUUCCUGUCCAAGGACGAGGCGGACCACAUCUCGAUGAACACCUGGUUUGGAGCUUUCGAAGUUCCAGUGGAUGAAGUCCAGAGCUUCACAUGGGAUCAAAUGCAUCCGCCACUGCCGCCAUUACCGGUAGAUCCAUUUCUACCGACCUGGGCAUGGGGUUUGGGAACUUCAGCCAGUGCAGCGAUCCUCCUCUUGUUUCCGAUCUACUGCUGCUACUUUCGAAGACUGGCAAACACCCGUCGCAAGUAUCGACCGGCAGCUGGUGUUGACCCGACGUUUAUGGAGCGAGUGGUCCAUAAUUCGGACUCGCAGCUGGUGAAGCGCUUCGUUGCACGUGACAGCGGUGCACAGCUCAUGCGCGGCCAAAUCAAGCGCAGCUCCAAGGAUCCGUCGGAAACGUCGUCGAGCGGAGGAACUGGUCAGCCCCACGGUCACCUGGGUGGAGCGCCACACUUGUUGCGACUUGGCCACCACGGCGAAAGACACGGCGAGAGCAGCACGACCACAUCCGACAAGUUGGAGUCGGUGACAUCCGUUUCACACCUCGGUCUACUGCUGUAUUUGAGGCCCAUCACUCCCGGCAAGGACGUGACGCUGCCGCAGCUGCUGCUUGGCAGCGAUGGCCAGAGGGAGCUGGUGCCCGUCGCCCAUCUUGAGGCCAAGGCUUUGCCUCCACGCGGCCAAGCUGACAUGGGGCCACCAGAGAAAUCGAACAGAGCCCAACGGCAAGUCACCAAGGAAGAAGAGGUCGGUUGUUGUUGGCUAGUUUGGAGCCAUGGCGGCAAUCCGAGCGAGCAGGACCUGGACACGGCAUUUGCAUCCGUGGGCUUCGUGAAGCAAGCAGCGCCACCAGCUGUCGCUCUCUUGGGCGGUUUGGCUCUCUACGGAAUGGGAGGGCCAGAGACCGUGUCCAUCCUGAUGAUCUACUUUGGGGCACAGACAGGCAUGAACUUGUACAUCAAGAAUGUGCUGUCCAGAAUCGUGGUCGAUGAAGAUCAAGGUAGACGGGGCCUUCCCAUCGGCUUCCUCCUCACGGCGAUUCAGCAGAUGGUCGCAUUCAUCGCAUUUUGCAUCUUUCUCGUCGCAGGCCGGCUCUGCUGUGCCGGCUACGAGGUGAAGCAGCUGAAAUCUACCAAAGAGUGGGUGGCCGUGAUUUGCUUCAGCAUGGCCUUCGCCUUGAACAUCGGUCUGAACAACUUCAGCUUGUCUCUGGUGGCAAUCUCGAUCAAUAUGAUCAUCCGUACCUGUUUGCCGCUCUCCACAGCAGUCUCUGAACUGAUUCUUGGAUCUCUUCUUGGGAUACAACGGAAGUCCAUUGGGCCGACCAAGUGGCUGCUGAUGUUGGCAGGCGUAAGCUGCGCGGGUUUAGCCAGCUAUGCCAAGACGACUUCGCAGACAAAUGCUGAAGAGUCGGCAGCCCUCACGUUGGGCAUAUUCGUGACAGUUUGCAGCAUCUUUGCCGGUGCCGUCAACAUGGUCCUGGCUAGCAUCCUGGGUACCAGCAUGAAGAUGAAUCCGCUAGACACCACAUGCUACAUGUCGCUGCCAACCGCGCUCGCGCUGAUUGCACCCUCGCUCCUGAUCUACCACCCCGUCAGCCAGUGGCCGGACACGGGAAGCAUGACGGACUGGCAGGUACUGCAAGAAGUCCUGUCAACGAAGCCUUCUGUGCUGGUUCCGGUUCUUGUUUCGGGCGUGCUGUCCUUUUUUUACAACAUCUUGCAGUAUACCAUGGUACACAAGCUAUCUGCAACGCAUGCCACUUUCGCAGGCAAUUUCAACAAGGCAGCAACCAUUGCAUUGUCGCUCAUUCUCGGACUCGAGGGGCUGCCACCUGGAAACUAUGGAAUCAUUUUCCUCCUCGCUGUCCUUGGAAACAUCGCUUCGUUCACAGCGUUCAGCAUGGUGAAGGAUGCGCCGCCGAAAGUGGAGCAGGCCGACUUUCAACUCGCACUCCACGGCCCAGCAUCGGUUUACACACCGCCUUUCGUGGUUGGAAGACUUGGUCGUCCUGCAAGGCCGCGAAUGCCCGUGCAACUCCCAGUUUCAGUUUUGCGAAGCGAUAGGGGAACAGACACAGUUGCGGUCAAGGCACUGCAAAGUAAGAACCACGGCACCGGGUGA